AUGGUAGAAGAUAUACGUGUAGUUAUGUUCGGCAAGACUGGAGUUGGUAAAAGUUUGUUAGGAAACAAUAUAUUGGAUCACGCGAAAUUUCCUAAUCUAGGAUGUACUCAGUCCGUAACUAUAGAUAACAACCGAGGAGAACGAGUGAUGUCCAAAUAUCGUAAACUUGUUCUUGUAGAUACACCGGGCCUUCAUCAAAGAAGAACCACAUUUGAAAGUUCCUGUUAUUUUUGCAUGGAGCCAAUAAAAUUGACCAAACCAGGCCCACACAUUUUUAUGUUUGUCUUGUCAAUUGGUCGCUUUACACAGGAAGAAUGCGAAACGAUUGAAUUUCUAAAAAAUAUAUUUGGAAGUCAUGUUACAGAUUUUCUAAUUAUUGUUUUCACGGGAAAAGAUACUCUCGAUUACGACAAAAUGGAUUUAGAGAUGUAUAUUAAUACUGCAGGCGAUGAGCUGAAAUCUUUAGUCAGCCAGUGUCAAGGGAGAAUAGCUAUUAACAACCGGGCGGCUCGUGAGGAAGUUACUAAGAGUGUAGAUAGUUUAUUACAGAUGAUUACAGGCGUUCAUUCAAAGAAUAAAAAAAAACACUACACAGAUAAAAUG